AUGAGAGCCUUAGAAAAAGAAAUGGAUGAUCAUGAAUUAAAGAAAUAUUAUGAUCUUCAAAAGAAAUUAGUCAAGAAUGAAGUAUUUUGGGUCAUUCUUUGGAUUGAUCACUGA